CGCCCACCAGGAAAUCACAGGUUAGUGUGUGCAAUGCGGAAUGAAAAUGUCCUUCCAAAAUAGGAGAAAGCAACGAAAAUGAAGAACUCGGCAAGUCUGCGACGUGGAAUCGAAAGCUCUGUUUCCGGAUGAGUCCUGCUGAUCUGCAGAGCUGAACUCCUGCUCCAGCUGUUCCAGGAUCUGUGUGGAGCGACUCGGAUGUGAAAGCAUCUGCAGGACGGAGGGGCGGAGCUGAGAUGUCAAUCAGAAGCGCUGAGGGCGUGUCCAUCAUGCAGGCCUUAGCCAUGACCGUGGCUGAGAUACCUGUGUUCCUGUAUUCCACCUUUGGACAGUCUAUAUUCUCUCAGCUGAAGUUGAGCCCUAGUCUGAAGAAGGUGCUGUUUGCCACGGCUCUGGGCACCGUGGCUCUGGCACUGACCGCGCAUCAGUUGAAGAGACGGGGCAGGAAGAGGAAGCAGGUAGUCAGUAAAGAAGCUCAGAAACCUAUGGGCGUCCCAGAACAGCUGCUCCGAACCAGUCGGCCAGCCUCGCUCAAGAGAGGGCCGGUUCCAGGGCGUCAGAUGAUGAGUCCCAGCACCCGCAGUAAUGACACUCUCAGCGGCGUCUCGUCUCUCGCGCAGAGCAAACACUCGAGCUCUUCACACAGCAUCGCCUCUAUGCGAGUCCCCUCCUCUCCCAACCAAUCAGUGAACACUGGGAUGCCGUGGGAGGCGGAGCCAGUGGCAGAGGAGCCGGGAGUCGGGGAGGAUGCCAACGCUGAGAACCUCUAUCUCAUAGGGAUGGAGCUGUUUGAGGAAGCCCUGCGCAAAUGGGAGCUGGCUUUAAACAUCAGACACAGAGCUCAUUCUUGUGCAUCUGGAUCACACAGUCUCGGCCCGCAGGGGUCAGAACUCGUGGAGCGUCAUUCGCCUGAGCUUCAUCAUCAUCAGUUUGCGAAGAAGCUUGAGUCUCUGCUGCACCGAGCGUAUCACCUACAGGAAGACUUCGGCAGCACCAUCCCGCCCGAAAGCCUCCUGGCUGACCUGGAGAGUGAAGCAACGCUGAUCCUGCCCACACUAGGGAGUUCCCAUCGCACCCGAGACGACGAUGCCUUAACAGUCACGUCAGACGACUCGUUUUUCUCUGCUGCUGAGUUGUUUGAGACGUUCUCUCUAGAGGACACGUAUCAUCCUCUGAAGCCGGCAGCGCUGUAUGAAGAAGCCCUGAGUUUAGUGAAGGAUGAAGGCGUGGCCUGCAGAUCACUGAGAACUGAACUUCUGGAGUGUUACAGCGAUGAGGACUUCCUUGCCAAACUGCACUGCGUCCGCCAGGCCUUCCAGGUGCUGCUGCUGGAUGAGACGCACAGGAUGUUCUUCAUGGAUACGGGGAAGCAGAUAAUAUCGGGACUUCUGGCCAAAGCCAACAAGAGUCCGAAGGCAUUUCUGGAGAGUUAUGAUGACAUGCUGCAGUACACACAGAGAGAGGAGACGAGGCCCGUUACCAAGAUGGAGCUGGAAGGACGAGGGGUGGUCUGUAUGAACUUCUUUGACAUUGUGCUGGACUUUAUCCUCAUGGAUGCGUUUGAAGAUCUGGAAAGUCCUCCAUCUUCAGUGGUGGCCGUUCUAAGGAACCGAUGGCUCUCGGACAGUUUCAAAGAGACGGCAUUAGCUACAGCCUGUUGGUCUGUGCUAAAAGCCAAAAGGAGAUUGCUAAUGGUUCCUGACGGUUUUAUUGCCCAUUUCUAUGCCAUCUCUGAACACGUGAGUCCAGUUCUGGCUUUCGGGUUUCUGGGCCCCCGGCAGCACCUCAGUGAGGUGUGCACCAUAUUCAAGCAACAGAUUGUUCAGUAUCUGAAGGACAUGUUUGACCACGAUAAGGUGCGUUUCACGUCCGUCUCGUCUCUGGCCGAAGACAUCCUCAGUCUGUCCCACAGACGAGCGGACAUCCUGGUGGGUUACCUGGGCAUUGACAGUCAACCUGAGACCAAUGGAGCUUUACCCAAGAGCCCCUGCCAAGCCAACAGCGGACAGCAGGACUGAGGUGCACAAUCCUAAUCUAACCUGCUAGUUUUAAAAGAGACCAGACACCAGGUCUCACUUAGCUAUUCGUCACGGUCUAAUCAACGGGACUAUAAAGUACAUUCAUAUAAAAGAUUGAUUAUUCAGACAGAUAAACCACUACAGACU